UCGCCAAAAUGACGGAUAAACGUUGGAAUGAUGAUAUCGCUUACGUUUUUUCUACUCAUAGACAAUUCUUAAGAAUAUAUGGGUUGUGGCCAUUACAAGCAAAGACAGUAUUCACGAAGAUACGAUGGGGCUUCUGCAUGAUUGCACAGUUUGCAAUAAUACCUUUUGUUAUGAUGGAUAUUUUUUGGAGCAACCAAAACACCAAUUCAAGUAUAGAUCAUGUAGUGUUCAUUAUAAGCACGAUAACUGGAAUUACAAGAAGUUUAUGUAUUACUGCUAAUCAGAAGAAACUGAGUACAAACAUUAACGCUGCUAUCGACGACUGGCUGUCUGCUGAAUAUAAUAAAGAAAUUAAGGAGAUUAUGAAGAAAUAUGCGAUUAAGGCCAAAAUGCUCACUUUUACGUUAUUAUACUCAUUAAUUGUGGUUUAUGGACUUUUUGUAUCAGUUAUUAUUUUUAUAAAUUUGAAACAAGUAUUCUUCACAGAUACUUCAGUUAAUGUUAAUACAACAAAUUGGCUAUUUUUUAUUCCAUCUGGUUCAUUGAGUAGCUCGAUUACUGGUUCACAGUAUGCUAUAAUCUUGACUAUCCAGAUUAUUCAAAUAGCUAUAUUAGCUUUCAUAUUAUGUCUCACGGACAGUUUCUUCUUUAACAUCACGAUACAUCUCUGCGGGCAACUUGAGAUACUUAAAAACAAAUUCGGAACUUUUACAAAUAAGCCGGACACCAAAAUAAACUAUCGAAAGAAAUUCAUCAGUCUGAUUAACAGACACAAAGAAUUAACGGAAUUGUAUCAAAAUUUGGAAGAUUGCUUCCAUUUUCUUAUAUUAUUUCAAUUAGUGGAAUCAACACUUUUACUUGCAAUAAUAGGAUUGCGACUAACUGUAUAUUUAAACGAAAAAAUUUAUAUUGAAGCAACAAAGAGUAUUUUUAUGUUGAAUUAUUGUAUAAUGCAACCUAUGGUAUUUACCUACGGUGGUGAAUUUUUGCAAAAGAAAAGCGAAGAUAUAUUUUAUGCAUUAUACACAACUUCCUGGUACACACUUCCUUUAGCGUUAUUGAAAGAUCUGCAUUUCGCAAUGAUGAGGUUGAGUAUUCCGUUUCGCUUAACCGGCGGAAAAUUUUUUUAUAUUAAUCGUGAAACGAUGAUGUCUAUCUUUAAGACAGCGGUCUCAUAUGUUUCGGUUUUACGAAUAGCAAUAAAAGAGUGAUAUUAAUCCACAGUAUUUGCGUACGUAUGGCGAAAGUAAAAAUAUCUAGA